AUGCAAGACACUUAACUAUCUGAAGCAAUCACAUUACUUGAUUGUAUUAAAAAGAAAAUUCACAAAAUUAAGCCUCAUAAUGAAAAAUUUCAAAACAACAUGAAAUUGUGUCCGUUCCCUCCAGGAUUCCAUAAUUCAUCUCAAAAUCUAAGUCCCAUUAAGCUUCAUAUACCAAUAACAACUUUAAACAACAAAGAGACCAUUUUAGAGGAACUUAUUUUAUGGGACUUUGAAGAUGAUUAUUCAGAUGAAUAAUUAUUCAGAAAUCUCUUUUCUAUUGUAACAGAUCUUUUAGAAGAGAAAUACCCGACAAAAAUAGGAAAACUUACAGCAUAGGAAGCACAAAGUAAGCAUUUUUUAAUUAUUUUAGAAAUUAUUGAUGAAUGUCUAUAUUAAGUUAAAUAAGCUAUUGAAGAUCAUAAAAAAUAUAAGCAUAUUUCAGAUAUAUUGCUCUUUGAAUCAUAUAUUGAUAAAAACGAUACAAUGAUCAAUUUAUAGAUAUAAACAUCUAAAUUUAGUGAGACUAUUUAAUGGGAUUUAGGCAAUGCUUUUUAAUAGUACUUAUUUUAUACUACUAAGUAGUAUUGAUGAAUUUGUAUAUACCUAUUGUUAUGAAAAUAAAUUAGGUUAGGAAAAUAUUGUUUCAAUUGGAAAUUAAAUUAGAGAAUAAUUAUAAAAAGCAUUUGAAAAAAGGUACAAUUUAAUAUCGAAAUUCAUUUUGGAGGAUCGAUAAGGUAUAAAAUUACUUAUAUUUCUAGAUUUUAAAUAAAAACUGAUUUCUCUCCUGGAUUAUCCUUCUUUUGAACCAUAUUAAACAAUCAAAGAAUUACCAUAAAAUAAUGAAUUAAAUGCAUUUUUCAAGAAAAACUUAGAUCUAUUACCUCCUGAAAUGCAAAUCUUAUAUGGACAAAGGCCAAUAAUUAAAUAAAUGUAUUAAUUCAACUAAUUUGUAGAAAUGAUCUUUAUGUUGAUUAAGAGGAUACUAAAAAGUUUGAAAAAGAACUUAAUCAGAAAUCGAAAUAUUUUGACAAAGUUAUUGUAUAGGACUUGCUCAAUAGAACUAAAUCAAAUUGA